AUGCAACGUUACAGUAGCUAUAUAACUCUACUUAAAAUAAUGAUCCAGCUAACUAGCUAGCUACCUAAAGAUGUCGUUUUACAGAAGCGCCGUUUGGUUCGUUAAAGGACUUCAAGAAUACACAAAAAGCGGAUAUGAAGCAGCAGCUAAGCAGUUUAAUACUGGGGACCUGGACGUGAACCUGAGUGGCAGGUCUUUUGUAAUCACUGGGGCCAACAGCGGCAUUGGAAAAGCUACAGCCCAUGAAAUAGCCAAAAGAGGAGGGAUUGUCCACCUGGUGUGUCGUAACAAGGAACUGGCACAGGAGGCGAAAGAGGAGAUAGUGGAACAUAGUAAAAACCAGAAUGUCCAUGUUCACAUCGUUGACAUGUCCAGUGCAAGACAAGUGUGGGAGUUUGCAGAGAGCUUCUCAAAAAGCAACAGCAUUCAUGUACUGAUCAACAAUGCAGGGUGUAUGGUAAACCAGAAAGAGCUGACAGAGGAAGGUGUAGAGAAGAACUUUGCUACUAACACUCUCGGUACCUUCAUCCUAACCACAGCGUUGAUACCAGCCCUGAAACAGGCACAGGACCCACGAGUGAUCACAGUGUCUUCAGGGGGCAUGCUGGUCCAGAAGAUGAAUGUAGACGACCUGCAGUCUGAGAAGGGGACGUUCGACGGCACUAUGGCCUACGCUCAGAAUAAAAGACAACAGGUGAUACUGACCGAGAGAUGGGCGUCCCAGCAUAAAGAGAUCCACUUCUCAUCAAUGCACCCUGGCUGGGCUGAUACUCCAGCUGUCCAGUUGUCCAUGCCUGACUUCCAUGCUAAGAUGAAGAACAAGCUGCGUACGGAGUCCAUGGGGGCCGACACUGUGGUGUGGCUGGCCAUCUCAGCAGUGGCCUCCAACCAGCCAAGUGGACUCUUCUUCCAGGACCGAAUGGCGGUGCCCACACACCUUCCGCUGGCUUUAUCCAGGUCCUCUCCAGCCGAUGAGGAGAAGCUGCAGGCAAUACUGGAGCAGCUCGCACACAAGUUCAAACCUUGACCUCUCCUACAGCGGUCAAAAGGUUAUGAACAGACAGACCCUCCAGCCCACGUGUCCGUUGACAAACACUCCUCAUUAUAGAUAUGCACUGUAUAAAGUGGACAUAGCGGUAAUAUUUUUACAACCAUUUUCUAUUUAUGAUGAUGAUGAUGAUCUGUAAAUGGAUUGCUUGCUAUUGCUAAGAUCAAAGUGUAGCCACACAGAACAUUUUAAUGGCUCAUGUUUGGGGUAGCGGCCUUCACUGGUCGUUCUGAAAUGGACCUGCGGCUUUCCCAUCCAGACCUGAUAUGCAUAAAUUUCUCCCAAAAAAA